AGCCUCUGAGGAUCGAGCCGGGCCGGGUCCGCACCCUCCCGCAUCCCAUAGCCCUGCGGGCCCUUCGGUGUGAUGCUCGAGCGGCCGCUGUACAGAUGGAGCUUGGCCUGGCCCGCGACAUCCUCACCUAUUGCCUCGAGGAGUCGAGCCAGCUCGCGCAGGAGGAGCUCCGCCGGCGGCAGCAGGCGCGCGCGCGCGGCGCGCCGCCGGCUGUCUGGUGCCCCAGUCCAGAGCGGGUCUCCAGCAUCAUCGGCCGCAUGGCGGGCAUCGCGAUGGCGCGGAGGCUGUGCGAGAUCUCGCGGGCCCACGGCGGAGGCGUGCGGAGGACGCUGCAGUCCCUGACCAUGUCCGCGCUCCCCGACGUCUACGUGUGCGGCGGGCAGGCCGAGCGCACGACGCUCGCGUCGGUGGACCGCUUCGUGGCGUCGAGGGGCUCCUGGGAGUCGCUGCCGCCCAUGCCCACGGCCCGCAGCUUCUGCACGGCGGUGGCCGUCGGAGGCCGGGUGUACGUGUUCGGCGGCGAGCGGGAUCAGCGAUCGGCCUUCGCCGCGGCGGAGUGCUUCGACCCCGCGUCGAGCGAGUGGGAGAGGCUGCCCCCGAUGCCGACGCCGCGGGCGGGCUGCGCCGCAGCGGCGGCCGGAGGCAAGAUCUACGUGUGCGGCGGCCUCGUCGUCGCGUGGCAGGUCCUCAACGUCGUCGAGUGCUUCUGCCCGGCGACGCGGAGAUGGCGUAGGGUCCCGCCCAUGCCCACACCGCGGUGCGGCUGCACGGCCGCUGGGCAAGAUCUUUCGUCCUCGGCGGGCAGCUGGACGACGGUACCGUGCUGAACAUCGCCGAGAGCUUCGACCCCGUGUCGAAAGCGUGG